GAGUUACUAAAUGUUACUAAAGAGAGAGCCAGAGAGGCAAUCGGAUGGUGGUUGGAGGUUAGGAACAUUUCUGUCAAAUUCAAAGAAAUUCUAUUUACAUGUUAAUAAACGUUUUAUUUAUCAACGAUCUGAACAUUGUGGAGUAAUUAAUGGAUUAACGAUGGGCCUGUUAACGGUGUUGAAAAAAUUGAAGCAAAAGGAAAAAGAGAUGAGAAUUUUAAUGUUGGGCUUGGAUAAUGCAGGCAAGACAACAGUAUUGAAGAGACUCAAUGGCGAACCAAUAGACACUAUAUCACCCACACUUGGCUUUAAUAUUAAGACAUUGGAACAUCGCGGGUACAAACUCAAUGUAUGGGAUGUGGGUGGACAAAAAUCACUGCGUUCCUAUUGGAGAAAUUAUUUUGAAUCGACAGAUGGACUUAUUUGGGUGAUAGACAGUGCUGACAGAAGGAGAUUGGAUGAUUGUAGAACAGAGUUAUACAAGCUUCUGCAGGAGGAAAGAUUGGAAGGGGCAAGUCUCCUUAUAUUUGCCAAUAAGCAGGAUAUGCCUGGUGCAUUAUCCGCUUCUGACAUAGCUGAUAUUCUGGAGUUACACAAUAUAAAGACUCAUCAUUGGCAAAUCUACAAGUGUUCCGCUGUGACGGCCGAAAAUCUAGUCGAUGGUAUCAAUUGGAUUGUUGAUGAUAUUGCAGCAAGAAUAUUUUAUAUGGAUUAAUAUAGAUAAAUUCAAAUGUUAAUAUUUCUUACCUCAAUAAAUACAAAAAUUAAUGCUUGACAAAUUGUUACAAAGCAAUAUUUACAUUGGCUUAUGUUGCAGUAAGAGACAAUUAAUACAUAGUGAAUUAUUUUAUUGUUUGCUAAUAUUUAAUAAGCUUAAAAUGUCUCUUUCUCAUUGAAAACACUCAUUGUGAUCUGUUUCACUGUAAAAAUAUGUAACAUAGUAUUAUACAUACAUAUGUAUAAAAGAAGAUUCUACAAUUUCUGAAACAUUUAUUAUGUAACAUAAAAUUUUUCAAUUAUUUUUUAAAUCUAAUUUUUAUUAGCUUUACUAAGCCUAUUGUAUAUAAGUUUUAUGUUUCUUGUACUUUUGUAUCAUUGUUCUACUUUUUGUUUUUUCUAUUUUCAAUAAUCUGAACUUUCUUUUUCUUUAAUUUUGAUGGUAUAGCUAUCGUUUCCGGAUAUUCUCCUGAAUAAAAUGAUUUUAAUAAUU